AUGACCUCGAAACGACUUGACGAUUUCCAGGUUCAGUGGAGUCCUUCUGAACGACAAGACUUCAUAGUAAAACCCCCUCUGCGACAAGAGACACCCUACUCUCCUGUCAAAUACUUCUUCGGAUGGCAGGAGUCCGAUUCAAAGGGCAAUAUUAGACCGACGGGACAGAGAUUCUUGCACCUCUUCUCUCGCGGAACAGAAUUAUCAGAUGAGGAAGAAUGGAAAUUUCAACGACCACUUGGCAAAGGUUCUUUUGGUGCCGCGGCGCUGUUUGUUAAGCUUGACGGAACAGGGAAGCCUAUUGAUAACUUCGUGUUGAAAGUGGCUGACUUGAAGCCUAAUGACCGCUUAAGUGACAAGAAGAUUGGCCUGUCCCGUGAGGCCGCAAUUAUGGCCCAAACCAACGCAUUGGGAUCGGACAGCAUCGUCCGUCUGAGACACUUCAAUGUCAGCGACAAUUAUGGCAGGUAUUACUUCGAACAUUGCCCUCACAAUUGUUUGGAGUCCCUGAGGUUAAGUUACAAAGCUUGGGAUAUGUAUCUGCCAGAAGCCUUUCUUUGGCAAGUGUUCUGCUUUUUGGCAGAAGGUUGUGUCAAGUUUGAUAGUGGACCCUUUAAGAACCUUGCGUCAAGUCGCUUUGGACAAGACUUUCCAGAGGCAUAUCUCCUGCAUAACGAUAUCAAAACUGACAAUAUUCUUCUGGGCUCGAAUGUCAAGAAAGAUGGAAGCAAGGAGUGGUACCCGGUGGCCAAAUUUGCGGACUUUGGUCUCUUUAUCAUCACAAAUCGGUACGAAGCGCUGAGAAAUACUGCACGGUUCCUGCAGAGAGGCACAAAACCGUGGCACCCUCCUGAAAUUAGAGUCGCGAUGAUGACUGAUCCCAAGAAAUACUACUUCAUGCAGCCCGGCAUCAACCCCUCACAGCGAGACCAGCACAAAAUUCUGUCAAAAGCAAACAUUUGGGCUGUCGGUGCGGUUAUGUGGAGUUUGACGAGCCUCGGUGAAAUUCAAAACCUCAGCAACCAGACAGAUGCCAUUCUCAUGGGAAUAUUCCCUCUCGAUGGCGUCAAUAUACUCCAAGAGUUCGAGGGUAGCGUUACUCGAAAUUAUAGCCCCCAGCUCCUAGGAAUGAUCAAGAAGCGCUUGAGGAUGAGAACUCAAGACAGACCUACGGCUGAGGACCUAUUCCGGGAGGUCUUCUCCCUUCGACAAGAAUGUCUGGAAAAGGAGACGGAACGGGCAAACCGGACAGGAGACUGGCAUCCCUUGUAUCUGUGGUGUACUCCGGACGAGCUGAACGAACUCGGUAGCGGAGAAGCGAUUUCGGACGACAAGGACAGAUCAUUUUGGGAGACAACGGGAGCAACAGGCUAUACCGGCGGGCAAGCACUUCAUGCCAUAGCGGCGUCGACACCGGCCUCACAAGUAUCGAUCACAUGUCUCGUUCGGAGCGCCGAGAAGGGCAAGGUCGUACAAGAUGCAUACCCGGAUUAUGUCAAGGUGGUUGUCGGCGACCUUGACGACGUCGAGGUGGUUGAGAAGCAAUCCCAGAAAUCGGAUGUAGUUCUUCAACUCGCCGACACAAAACACAUGGGUGCCGCCCACGCUAUCGUCAAGGGAUUGACUUCACGAUCACGCACCACCGGAUCACCAGCAACGUACAUCCAAAUGUCAGGAGAUUCGCUCUUUGUCAUCCCCGAGAUCGAGUCCAAAAGGUACGGCGAACCGCCCACGACCAUCUGGGACGACAUGGCCGGUCAACCUGAGAUUAUCGAAAACAUCCGCGCCUACCCCUCGCGUGAAGUGGACAACUACAUCAUCUCCGACGCGUCGUCUACCGGGAUACGAACGGCCCUCGUCGUCGGACCGUUGAUCUACGGCACGGGGCCAGGACCGGGUAAUACGCGGAGCAUCCAGGCACCCGAGAUCGCGCGCAAGACUAUUUCAGACGGUAGCGGGUUCAAGUUGAGAAAGGGUCUGAACGUAUGGAGUAACAUCCACAUCGAGGACCUUGGGGAAUUGUUUGCGACGCUGGCUAGGACUGCUGGUCAAGGUUCCAGUACCAGUACAGGUAAUACUUCUUCAAGUGCCGCAGACCUCGAUAUAUGGGGCGAAAAUGGCGUCUAUCUUCCUGGAAACGGAGACAUGUCCUUUGGGGAUUUAUGUGAGGCGGUGGCAACUGAAGCUCAUGCACAGGGUCUCAUCAAGAGCGCAACGAUAGACAGGACAAUCGACGUGGACGAAGCGAAUGCGGCGAUGCCCGGUGGCGCCAUCUUCUGGGGCACAAAUGCCGUGUAUAAGUCGGAAAGGGCGCAGAUACUGCUGGGCUGGAAACCCUCGGCGCCUUCGUUACAGGACACCAUUCCUGAAAUCGUGAGGGUAGAAGCUGAAAAACUAAAGAGCUAG